UGGCGUCCAAGAGAGGUCUCUAAAAUGSCUAUGAAAUAUUCUCAAAAUAUCGAUUAACGGKCAUAAAAACUAGAGAAACAGAAGCCUUUUUUGCUCGAGGAUUAAUUUAGAUUGCAAUGCGUGGAACGAACGGCAAGGGAAAGGCCACGAGGAAGUUUGAUUCGCCGUCCAAUGGCAGAAGAUCUUCACAGAAAGGAGUUUAUAUCAUGGAUAAAACGCUGGUUCCUCGAUUAAAGCAAUACCUCAGUCAGUUUAGAAAGGGUUAUGUUCCUGAUCUGGAGGAAAUGACAUCACAUCUGCAGUCAAGAUAUAGUGACUACAGUAGGAARAAAAGAAAUAUAUUUAAGUCAUCAGUUCAAAAAGCCUAUCAAGCAAUCAGUAAGAGGGACAGUGAAGAUUUGUAUCUUCAAAAACUGGAAGAAAAAUUCCUUCAAGGGAAAGAAAAGCCAGACUUCUUAGAUAAUAAUAUGCAAGAAGAGAUCAUUAGAAGUGACGAAGACACCAGUGAUAGCGAAGCUUCCUUGACAGAAAAACCAUUGAUUGAGCUGCAAGGGAACAAUUUAAUGAACCAAUCAAUGCAGUCGAUGUAUAAGCUAUCAACGUCAAGACCAUCUUCAGAGGCAGAGGAUAACACUCAAACUAAUAAUGUAAUUGAACAAGAUGAUUUGAAGGAAAAAGAAUCAGGUUUGAGGCAAACUGAUGCAGUGUCUUCUACACUAAUUGGUGGGAGUGUUGAAGGUCAAGUGACAACUAGAACAGAUCUACUUGUAGAGGAAAACAAGACUGAAUUGGAUAUUCAGAAAUCUUCAGAGUCGCAAUCAAAUAAAAGAAAAAUAAUUGACGUUGAAGAAAAAUCAGAUUCAACAGACAAUCCAAGGAAAUCAAAGAAGAAGAGAAAAAGACAAGAAAACAAYRACAGUAUACAAGAAGAAGAAAGCAAGUUUUCAGCGACUGUAUCAACUGUCAAGUUUUCUGACAUAGGAGGCUGUGAGGACACAAUUGARCAAGUYUGUAAGAUGCUGAUUCAUAUGCAACAUCCAGAGGUGUUCUCAACACUUGGUAUAACUCCUCCCAGGGGAUUYCUUUUGCAYGGGCCUCCAGGAUGUGGCAAGACUUUGUUAGCACAUGCUAUAGCUGGGGAACUUGAGUUGCCUUUUCUAAAGCUGGCAGCAACUGAAAUUGUGUCUGGAGUUUCAGGAGAAUCUGAAGAGAAAGUUAGAGAACUUUUUAACAAUGCUGUGGCUCAAGCACCAUGUGUUGUAUUUAUUGAUGAGAUUGAUGCAAUCACGCCAAAAAGAGAAACAGCCUCCAAGGACAUGGAAAGAAGAAUUGUCUCCCAGUUGUUAACAUGUAUGGAUGAUUUGAACAACAACCCUUCUGCUCAGGUUCUUGUAGUUGGUGCAACAAACAGGCCUGACUCUCUUGACCCAGCAUUGAGAAGAGCAGGACGCUUUGACAGAGAGAUUUCUCUGGGAAUCCCUGACCAGAAAGCAAGAGAAAGGGUUUUACAGGUACUGUGUAAGCAGCUCAAGCUAUGUGAUGAUUGUAGUUUUUCCACCAUUGCAUGUCUAACUCCAGGAUUUGUUGGAGCUGAUCUCAUGGCUUUGACCAGAGAAGCAGCAAUGGUAGCUGUUAACAGGGUUUUCAAGGAUUUAGAGGAUAAAGCAAAACAAGAAGAAAAUUCUUCAACAAAUAGCAGCAAUCAAACUUGGGAUAAUGAUCAAAUCUCACAGAGUUUUCAUGUGAUGGAAUGGUUGAAGAAUCAACCCCCUCUAACAGAUGAACAACUAGCAGUACUAUCCAUUUCAUUGGAUGAUUUCAAAGCAGCCUUACAUACAGUCCAGCCAUCUGCCAAAAGAGAAGGUUUUGCUACGAUACCYGAUGUGACAUGGGAUGAUGUKGGAGCACUCAAAGAUGUUCGAGAAGAAUUGACAAUGGCUAUACUGGCUCCAGUUCGACAUCCUGAGGAAUUCUCAGCUCUUGGUCUAUCUCACCCCCCUGGAAUCCUGCUGGCAGGACCCCCUGGAUGUGGAAAGACCUUAUUAGCAAAGGCCAUUGCAAAUGAAUCGGGAAUCAACUUUAUAUCAGUAAAAGGACCAGAGCUUUUGAAUAUGUAUGUUGGAGAAAGCGAGCGUGCCGUAAGACAAGUUUUCCAACGUGCAAGAAAUUCAUCGCCUUGUGUCAUAUUCUUCGAUGAACUUGAUGCACUGUGUCCCAGAAGAGCUGGCAGUUCUGAGUCAGGGGUAAGUGUACGUGUGGUCAAUCAACUUCUAACAGAAAUGGAUGGUCUAGAGGCAAGAAAACAGGUUUUCAUUAUGGCUGCGACAAACCGACCAGACAUCAUUGACCCAGCUGUGUUGAGACCUGGUCGUUUGGAUAAAAUAUUGUAUGUUGGCUUGCCAAGUCCAGAUGACCGAAAAGACAUCUUAACCACAAUUACUAAGAAUGGUACAAAACCAUUACUGCUUCCAGAUGUUAACUUAGAAAAGAUUGCAAACAGUGARCACAGUUCUGGUUAUUCCGGAGCAGAUCUUUCUGCGUUAGUCAGGGAAGCAUCAAUGGCGGCUUUACGUGAAAGAAUUGAUGUGGCGUCUAUAGGUGUGCAGGAAACCGGUCCCUCGAAGCUCUCAGUCGUUGGGAUAGGGCAGAGGCACUUCGACRUUGCUUUCAGUAGAAUAAAACCGUCCGUGUCGAAAAAGGAUCACGCUAUUUACGAUCAGAUGAAGUCAUUUGCAGCAAAAUUAUGAUAAAAUGCCUUUGUUUCAUCUAUUGUAAUGCCAUAAGAACAAACAAUGAGUCAAUAAAUGUGGGAUUAUCUUGGAUAUA